AUGUCGGUUUACUACUACAUUCUGAGUCAUAAGUGUGUGUCUUCGCCUACAAGUCACAUUCCGGUACUGAAGAAGCAGGGCACACAGCCCCCUACCGCACCCCAAAUGGAUUUAACACUGAAAUUGAUGGAUUUAACACAACAAGUGAAAGAGAUACGUAAGGAGUUAGCACAAGUAAAGAAAGACUAUGAAAGUGAUGUUAAUAGACUGAACAGAAUGGUGAAUACACUAAAGAUCGAAUUAGGUCAACACACAUGCGAUGUGAUAAGCCCUAUGUUUUCCAAGCCUAAUAGGCUAAGGGCUAAUUCUGUUCCGACCAGUUCCACAGUCAACGUAGCCAAUUCCCAAACAGCUGUUCGCUCAAAACAACAACAAAUAGGUGAUACUAACAACAAACCCGAAACUCAAGGUCAUUGCAACUCUACCUGUAAUACUCAGUGUGCUGACUCAACGCCGACCCCAGGGGCAAUGCCCCCUAGUUCGAAUACUAUAUACAUUCAGCUUUAUACAGCCAAGCACCGUUAUUAAGGACACAACUGUGAUCGACAAAAACACACGUGAAAACAUGAAAACGCCAAAAACUGGAAUUAAACCCUCAACGACAGUAGCCAUAGGUGAUGAAUCUAAAGAAGAAACCGAUGGGUUCACGUUGGUUGAACGUCGUAGAAAGUCACCUCGCGCCACCGAAAACCGCUUUGGUGAAGAGAGACCAGCGAAAAUGCAGACUUUAGGGAAGACCCCGAAGCUCAAUAAACCACACGACGUUAAAGAGACGCCUGUUAACAAGCCAAUGAAAGGUCUCAAGGGUGCGUCUUUUGAAAGAUCGCAAUCGCUAUACCUCGAAAAUAUUCAAAUGGACGAUAAUGAUACCGAUGAUGAUAUUAUUGCACUUGUUAAAGAACAUGCAAAAAGUAAGGGGAUCAAGUUAAUGCAAGCAUACGUUAUCCAUAACCGAUUCUCGAUGUAUCGUGUUGGCGUCAGAAUGACUGUUCCCGUCUCAUCAGCAGAUAAGGCUGUUGAAGAUGAUUCAUGGCCUGCCCCGAUAAAAUGUCGCCAAUGGCAGCGCUUCAGGCAGAACGCAAAUUAUGGUGACAACAUUCCCUCCCGGAUUACAUAUAGGUCCAGACGAUAUCAACAUGAUAAUAACCUUAUCGAUCGACCGUCAUGGGAACGCGAUGAUGAGAAAACUGAUAAUGACUAUUUUAAAGACGACAAUAUGUACCACAGGAACAUGUGUGACGCAACACGGGAGUAUGUACGGGAGAAAUUCGGCAAUAACCUGGGAGCAACAGGUUCUUACGCUGACUGGUAGAUAACUGUUCUUUACUAUCGAAACACUGCCCUCAUAUUUGAGAUGCAUACCGUGUUUAUA